AUGGAGGAUGUGGAGUCUACAUUCUUCCAGUUUGGAGCGUCUCUGAUGCAGGAGGCGUUACUGAUGAUGAACAUCAUGGAGGAAUAUGACUGGCACAUCUUCUCUAUAGUCACCUCUAAGUUCCCCGGGUACCAGGAGUUUAUAAAUGUCCUGCGUGUGACGGUGGACCACAGCUUUGUGCGUUGGGAUCUUCAGAGCGUCGUCACGCUGGACGCUGUGGACGGAGACGCCAACUCUAAAGCUCAUAUCCAGCUGAAGAGGAUCCAGAGUCCUGUUAUACUGCUGUACUGCUCCAAGGAGGAGGCUAGGUAUAUAUUGGAAGAGGCCAGGUCUCUAGGUCUGACUGGGUCGGGCUACAUCUGGAUCGUACCAAGUCUGACCACAGGGAACCCCGACUUCACCCCAGACAUCUAUCCCCUGGGGAUGAUCUCUGUGUCCUACAACGAGAUGGAGUAUCCCUUGGAGAGCCGCCUUAGAGACGGAGUGGGCAUCAUCGCCACGGCAGCCGUCGCCAUGCUGAGGGAGAAAGGGGAGGUGCCAGAACCCCAAGGGAACUGCUACAGCCAAUCAGAGAAGGGAAAGACUCUGCCCAGCGCCCUGAGAGGGUAAAAGAGGGAGUGGUGUGUGUGUCCUAUCAAAAUCAAAUAACAUUUUAUUUAUCACAUAAUGCCCCACAAUGUCAAUACGUUGUAGAAGCACCUUUUGGCGGCAAUUACAACUUUGAGACGUCUUGGGUAUGUCUGGAUCAGCUUUGAGUCGUCUU